CCUCGUGCAUCUUGCGAGCAUUGCUCCAACUGGCCCCCAUUUUCAGCGACGAGUGGGGACUCACAUUGAUGCCGUCUUCUCAUCGAUGCCCGUUGUACCCGAAUUGUGGCCGAAUCUCUCGCUCAGAUCUUGCGAUUCUAUGUCUCCGAAUUUCAUUGUUGACUUUCAGUCAAGACGAUUCGUCUUUUUGCUCUCUGAAACACUCGAAACAUGCCUCGUUGAUUGUUCACGCGCGAUCGCUUUCUGAUUAUCCUGGACUUCAUUUCUACGCAACCGACCGCGGCCGAGUCUGUCCAAAUCCUGCAGUUCACUUUAGCGAGGAAGCAUCGUGUGGAGUUCUCCAACUAAGAUCACUUACGCCACCAAUGACCCCGAACCUUAAGCCGAUAGAAACUUGCUGCCUUCGACGCGCCUGGGUUGGAAAGUUUGAAAGUGGUUAUAGCCAUUCUUGCAGGGGUUGCCCUUACUAUCCUGCGACCGAUGGUAUUGUUGUUGAGGGUCUGAAGUUAGUUGCGAGAAUUGCCAUUGUUGGAGAAGCGAACUGAUGCGAUCAAUCAAUACGAUCGAGCAAACUAUAUAGCUGACAUAAUCAAAAAUUUCUUCUUCUCUACCACCACGCCGACAAAAGAACCGCUAUCGCAGCUUCCGCACAAAGAGCACCUCGCUCUUCUCUCUCAGCUGUGGGAAAAGUCCCCGGAGAUGCAGAGACAUGACCUCCUCCUUCCUCGUGGAAAACGUCCAUCGUUAAGCAAGGUGGAAAGGGACGACGGUCGGCUUGGACGUACUGCUCGUAUCUCCAUCCUUGAAUGAGGGGUACAGCUCCGCCAAGCCAGCUCUGCGACUGACAUUCGUGAAGUGCAUGUUCGGUGAAGGCGCGAGGACGCGAAGAUAUGAGCGUUCUCGUUGCUCGGAUAUGUCGCUCUGCGGGUCGGUCAUUGUUGCUCAUAGACAUAGUUAUGCGGUUGCGUGUUUCCUUUUUGGAGGACACGUCUACAGAAUGGGGCUUACUCUUUGUCGGCGUGGUCAAAAGGUGUAUUUUUUCCUUGCAUUCGGACAGUUCGCUGUUCUUCGUUUGACAGAGCAUUGGGUCUGACGAUACUGGCCUUACUUCGAUGUGUAUGGU